AUGGCAGGUGUAUUUUCCUAUGAGAGCUCAGAGGUGGAUUGGUGUGAAGACAAUUACCGGCACUCUGAAACUGUAGCUGAGUAUUUCAACACGAUGAGCAAUAUCAUAUUCUUCGUGGUGUCCCCCAUCAUGCUGUACCUGCUGCACCCCUAUGCCCGGGAGAGGAGCCUGGCUGUGCACCUGGUUUGGGUGAUGAUGAUCUUUGUGGGUCUCUUCUCCAUGUACUUCCACAUGACCCUGAGCCUUGUGGGGCAGUUUCUGGACGAGCUGGCCAUCCUGUGGCUGAUAGCCAUUGGCUAUUCCCUCUGGUUCCCUCGCAGGCAUUUCCCCUCCUUUGUCAAGGACAGGUCCUCUUUCUCACGGAUAGUUCUGGUGAUUACCGUUGUCACCACGCUUUCCUCCUUCGUAAAACCCACCAUCAAUGCCUACGCUCUCAACUGCUUCGCUUUACACAUUGUCUACUCCCUCGGGAUUGAGAUGCGCAGCUGCACAAACCGGAGGGCGCUGCGCCUGGGCUUCCAGGCGAUCGGCUUGUGGGUGUUGGCCAUCUCCUGCUGGAUCAGCGAUCGCUUCGGCUGCAGCUUCUGGCAAAAGAUUAACUUCUGCUACCUGCAUGCUAUCUGGCACAUCCUGAUUGUGAUGGCCACAGCCUAUGGCAGCGCCCUCAUGUCUUACAUAGAUGCCCAUUAUGAAAUCCCAUACUCCCUGCCAGACUUACAGUACUGGCCACGGGAUAGCUGGGCCAUAGGUCUGCCUUACAUCGUCCUCAAGGGCACCACCAAGACAAAGAAAUCCUGCUGA